AUGGCUCUCAACCUUGAUCGCUUUGCAUUGGCCUUCUUUGCUGCUUUUGCCUUCAUGAGCAUUGAUGUUGGUCAAGCUGCAGCUCGUCACCUUCUGCAAACAACAACAGGGCCCAAUUUGCCAAGGCCCAACUUGCCACAAACGCCCACAAUUCCAUCUCUACCUCAGCCCAACUUGCCUAAUUUGCCCUCAGGCCCAACUCUGCCACAGCCCACGUUGCCCACAGGGCCCAUCACAAUCCCAAAUAUGGGCCUCCCGCCACUGCCAGCUGUGACUUCUCUUCCAAACAUUAUUUCCUCCAUUCCAACCAUGUUUCCCUCCAUUCCAUUCUUCUCCCCACCACCUUCAACCUCUAGCCCUUGA